UAGUUCUGGGAGGUGAUCAGCGACGAACACGGCAUCGACCCCACCGGCACGUACCACGGGGACAGUGACCUGCAGCUGGAGAGGAUCAAUGUCUACUACAACGAGGCCACGGGAGGGAAUUACGUCCCCCGAGCGGUGCUGGUGGACCUGGAGCCCGGCACCAUGGACUCCGUCCGCUCAGGCCCCUUCGGCCAGAUCUUCCGGCCUGACAACUUCGUAUUUGGCCAGUCUGGAGCUGGCAACAACUGGGCGAAGGGCCACUACACAGAGGGCGCAGAGCUGGUGGACGCCGUCCUGGACGUGGUGCGCAAGGAGGCGGAGAGCUGCGACUGCCUGCAGGGCUUCCAGCUCACGCACUCGCUGGGGGGCGGCACCGGCUCGGGCAUGGGCACCCUGCUGAUCAGCAAGAUCCGCGAGGAGUUCCCCGACCGCAUCAUGAACACCUUCAGCGUGGUGCCCUCGCCCAAGGUGUCCGACACGGUGGUGGAGCCCUACAACGCCACCCUGUCCGUGCACCAGCUGGUGGAGAACACUGACGAGACCUACUGCAUCGACAACGAGGCGCUGUACGACAUCUGCUUCCGCACCCUCAAGCUGACCACCCCCACCUACGGCGACCUCAACCACCUGGUGUCGGCCACCAUGAGCGGGGUGACCACCUGCCUGCGCUUCCCGGGCCAGCUGAACGCAGACCUGCGCAAGCUGGCCGUGAACAUGGUGCCCUUCCCGCGCCUGCACUUCUUCAUGCCGGGCUUCGCGCCCCUCACCAGCCGGGGCAGCCAGCAGUACCGCGCCCUGACGGUGCCCGAGCUCACCCAGCAGAUGUUCGACGCCAAGAACAUGAUGGCCGCGUGCGACCCGCGCCACGGCCGCUACCUGACGGUGGCCGCCGUGUUCCGGGGCCGCAUGUCCAUGAAGGAGGUGGACGAGCAGAUGCUCAGCGUGCAGAGCAAGAACAGCAGCUACUUCGUGGAGUGGAUCCCCAACAACGUGAAGACGGCCGUGUGCGACAUCCCGCCGCGCGGCCUCAAGAUGGCAGCCACCUUCAUCGGCAACAGCACGGCCAUCCAGGAGCUGUUCAAGCGCAUCUCGGAGCAGUUCACCGCCAUGUUCCGCCGCAAGGCCUUCCUGCACUGGUACACGGGCGAGGGCAUGGACGAGAUGGAGUUCACCGAGGCCGAGAGCAACAUGAACGACCUGGUGUCCGAGUACCAGCAGUACCAGGACGCCACGGCCGAGGAGGGCGAGUUCGAGGAGGAGGCGGAGGAGGAGGUGGCCUAGGACCUGCGCUGCUUCCAACCUGCUUCCAACCUGACCCCUAGACACCCUCCCUGUCCCACAGUCCUGACGCUUUCCGUCUGCUCCCUGCUGGGCUCGGCUCUGACCCUAGGACCCCAGGAACACCCCUCCCCGCACCCCUGACAGUCCUUUAGAUCACCGCCUCCCUGACCCUGACCCACCGUGACCCCUGAACCCCGCUGUCUCUGACGCCCCUGGAGCUCUUCCAACUCUGGCAUCCCCCUGAGCCGUGCUUCGUGGCCCUGUAAUGCCCAUCUUUAACUUAAUAAGCCCUCUUUCCCCCCCCCACCCCUUCUUCACCUUUGACCUCUCCAAAAAUCUCUACUACACCCCUAGACCUGCAAGCCAUGGGUGACUAUUGACCCCUCUUCCAGAGCCCUCAGCCCCAUGAGCCCCGGGCCCCCUCUGACCCUCCCUGCUCCCCGCUUCAUGCCUGGCCUCCUCCCCUCAGCUCCUCCUACCUUUUGGACCAAGCAGAGAUCAAGGCCUGGAGCCCUGGGAAAGAGGGGUCCCCACCCUGUUGAACCCCACCAUCCUCUCCCCUGCCUCGCCCUCAUGAAUAAAGGAAUUGUUCGCCUGGCC